UGUUGAUGUGUCAUAUCAAAGUGACUUGUUGGGGCUCUCAGCUGGGGAAGGCAGAAACCUCAAAGUUCCUACUUAUCCCGGUCGGUCUCCGCGUUGAACUGCAACAUGAGUUCUUCUCAUUCGGGCAGAAAGGGGUCAACUGGGAUGAAUAUGGAGAAGGUGGUAUUGAAAGAGAUUUGAACCAGAGAGGGACCAUGGAACAGCCUGGUCCUGCUUCAGAUACAAACACGAUGGAAGGAUCAGAGGUUGAGUCUGUGUCGGAGGGAUCGAACCCAACGGAUCAGCAUCACGACAGCACAUCUAAUGUAGAAGAGGAGGAACAAAUCUCUCACAACAGUGCAGAUGAGGCAGAAAAAUGCAGUCAGGCAAAAGAUGAAGCACAGCUUGACAGUAACUUAAUCAAGAAUGUGACAGAUGUUCAGACAGACGCAAAGGUGGAAGCUCAGACUUGCAACCAGGAAGAUGUAGAGAGGAGUGAGCUGGAUGCUGAUACCGGCUGUGAUAGCAAUACAGUCUCCUUGGAAGGCGGGAUACCUCUGUGUUCAAAUGAGGCUGGUGGAGCUUUGCUAGCCCCAGUCACAAGUGUGGAUAAUGUGAUAGAAAGCUCUCCAUCUGUUCUUGAAGGGAAAAUAGAAACCGUAUUGACUUUCGAUGAAGUAAAGGAUUCUCAUGGCACCACUCCAGACAGCAAUGAGCAGCCAUCAGUCUUGGUCACAAAUUGUUCCACAGAGCCAUCGCCUGCUGAUGAUAGCGGUCCAGUUGAGAGUCCAUCAUCCUCUUCCGUCCAAAACGCUUCUAAAAACUCCCCCACCGACUCAACAACCACCUCUGGCAUCUCCAAUGGCCCUUCUACCCCCACUUCAGACACCGUCAGCUCCUCGCUUGCUUCCAGCCCACAGACCAACACCUCAGCUCCCCCGCAUUCCUUGUCAAGUCCGUAUGACACUGAUUGUAGCCGAAAGCUUAUUUCCCAGAUUCAGCGCUCGCUGUCACAGGAGUCACUGCUGGAUGAGCUAGAGUCAGAGCUGUUGGCUUGCCAGCUGCCUGAGGGUGAAGGUGGAGGUGAGAGGAAAGGGAGCCCACCUGUCAAUGGACUCCCUACAGACCAAGAGGACUGCAUGUUGGUCUUUGAGAAGUGCGUGCAAUACAAAUAUGCACAGCAGGAGAAAGCUAUUCAGAGGUUGCUUGAGGAUAACAAGCGGCAUCAGGAGCUGAUCCUGGGUAUCUGUUCAGAGAAGGACAACAUGAGGGAAGAGCUGAAAAAGAGGGCAGAGACGGAAAAGCAGCACAUGGCCACCAUUAAAAAGUUGGAGGGCAGGGUGGAGGAGCUGCUGAAAGAACUGAAGGAGUCGCGGGAUAAACUAAUCCACCAGGACCAGGCAGCUAAGGCUGCUCUCCAGCAGAUGCAGAAGGAAAUGGCAUACCGGCUAGAACAGGUUAACAAGAAGUGUGACGAAGCACGCCAGGAGAAGGAGGCCAUGGUGAUGAAAUAUGUGCGUGGGGAGAAAGAGGCCCUCGACCUGAGGCGGGAUAAGGAGAGUUUGGAGAAGAGGCUGAGGGAAGCCACCAAGGAGGUGGACCGCCAGGCCCUCCGAGGAAACCAGCUGGCCCAGGAGAAGGGCCGGCUGCAGCAGCUCUAUGAUGCUAAGGAAGGCGAGGUUAGCAGGUUGUCUCGAGAGGUGGAAAAGUUGAAGGAGGAGAUCAACUCGCAUCUCAUCAAGGUCAAAUGGGCCCAGAACAAACUAAAGAGUGAGGCUGAUGCACACAAGGAAACUAAAGACAAACUGAGAGAGACCACAUCCAAAUUGGUCCAGGCCAAAGAAGAGACUGAACAGAUCCGCAAGAACUGCCAGGACAUGAUCCGAACAUACCAGGAAUCGGAGGAACUCAAGUCCAACGAGCUGGAUGCUAAGUUGAGGGAGACCAAAGGAGAGCUGGAGAAACAUAAGCAGGAACAAACAGACCAAUUAGAGGUGCACCGAGUGAAAGCCAAAGAGCUGGAGGACCUGAAAAGGAGUUACAAAGAGGCAAUGGAUGAGCUCAGUACUCUACGCACCAAGUUAAAGUGUCUAGAGGACGAGCGUCCACGCUGGGAGGACGAGCUGAGCAAGUACAGGGAGAUCAUCAACCGGCAGAAGGCUGAGAUUGGCCGUCAGAGAGAAAAGCUGGAAGAGAUCACUGCGCUCCAGGAGCAGAAUGAACGUGAUAAACAGGAGAUCACGUCUCUACGAGAGGAAGUGGACAGCCUGACCAGCCAGAUGGCUGACCUCCAGCGUGAUGUACAAGGCAGCAGGGAGCGCGAAGCUGAGCUACUGGGCUUUACUGAGAAGCUGAGCAGCAAAAACGCCCAGCUCCAGUCAGAGAGUAACGCACUACAGUCUCAGCUGGAUCAGCUCACCAGCAGAUUCACGGAGCUCCAAGGGAGGCUGGAGGAGACCAACAGACUACUAGAUGACAAGUCACGGCAGCUGAAACAGGAAGAGGUGCUGAGGCAGCAGGAGGUGCAAGGUCUGCAGGAUGAGCGGACAGCACUGCAAACAGAGGUGGCCCAGCUAAAAACCAGAGUUGAAGAGCUGAGGGAUGAGCUGGUGACACAGAAAAGGAAACAAGCGGCCAACAUCAAGGACCUGACGAAACAACUAACACAAGCCCGCAAGAGACUGGAGCAGGUUGAGAAUGGAGGCUGCGACCGGGAUGCCAGCAGUAUGGGCAGUCGCUCAAGUUCCUCAGGUACUACUUCUGGAUUUGGCUCCUUGAAUGCACGCCAUGGUGGGAGCAGUGGUGUUGAAGAGAGGUCGCCAGAGAGCCAGUCAGGUCCGUCAGUGGUGGUCGUGGACAGCUUCCCAGAAGUCGACAAGGCUGUGCUUGUGGAUCGAAUUGUCCGCCUGCAAAAGGCCUUGGCUCGCAAGCAGGAAAAAAUUGAGUUCAUGGAGGAUCACAUCAAGCAACUGGUAGAGGAGAUCCGGAAAAAGACCAAAAUUAUCCAGAGCUAUGUGCUCAGAGAGGAGUCGGGGGCCCUCUCAUCAGAGGCGUCAGACAUUAACAAGGCCCACCUGAGCCGGCGUGGAGGCAUCAUGGCUUCGCUUUACACCUCCCACCCGGCGGACAGUGGGCUGACCCUGGAUCUGUCGCUUGAGAUCAACAGGAAGCUGCAGGCUGUGUUGGAGGACACCCUGCUGAAGAACAUUACCCUAAAGGAGAAUCUGCAGACACUUGGGGCUGAGAUCGAGAGGCUCAUAAAACAGCAGAGAGAUCCCGAGGACAGAGUAAGGAGGAAGUGACACAACCAUGUCACAGGAAAGAAGAAAUGAAGGACCAAGAAGUACUCGAAGGAAUCUCAACCCCCCCCCACCAUUUUUGAAGGAACGGAACAGUUUGACACACGCACUCAUUCUCCCAACAUAUGAAAGAGCAAAGUGAAUGUUGUAAGUGCCAGUAGCGCCUCCGGCUGCUUUUUUGGAGGACCUCUUGAACUUUUCCCGUGCGUUUGGCGAACGUGUCUGAACUUACUUGAACUGUCAUUAUUCCAUCCACAUUGUACCACCUCCGUUUUUUUCUCCUCCGACACAACAAAAUCUUCCUCUGGCGAACCUCCCCCUGAACCUGGCCCAAGAUUAAAUCUUCUUGGGGCCAGUUGCUUCAAGCUUGAAACUCUGAUUGCCUUGUAAACUAUUUGACAGAAGAUGCCAUAAUUGUGAAUGUAUAGCAAGCUCUACCUGGGGAAAUAAUCCAAAAAAAAACACACAACUGAUUUGCCAAUUUAUUUAUCUAGUAUAAAAUGUACUGAGCCUCGUAGCUCUUUCCACCGUACAGUAACUGAGAUGAUCAUCACCCAGCAUGCUCUCUCUACUCGUCUCCUCUCGUCUGCCAAUAAGCCAAAUGUAUUUUUUUGAAUGACUGCUCCUGCAGCCUGACUCACAGAGCUCUCCGUAUAUGAAGCGAAAAGUGAAAAUCAGCCACGGCUUGUGGGGAACUUGCGUGCCACCUGCGCAUUUUUCAUCAUCUUUUUUUUUUUUUUUUUGCUCUGCACAGCCAGCACUUAGGACCAAGCUGGUGGAGCAAGGUGCCUCGCAUCAGCAGACCCACCUAUCUGUGUGACACCGGUGCUAGACUGAAGGAAGCAGACUGUGUCUUUGCAAUGUUAAAUGCAGCCAACCGCACUAUGCCAUCAGCGUGGAAGUGUCCUAACGUUAAGCAGCGUGAGACUGAAGAAAAUAUAUGACAAAUUAUAUUAUUACGAUAAGGUUGAAAUGUAGAGCUGGUCUUUUUGUUUGGCCGAUUUGAGUGUGAUUUUUAAUUUAUUUCAUUUUUGUUGGCUUAAAAUGUCAUUUUUAUUUUAGUACAUCUGGUUGUCUAUUUUUUGUUUUUUUAUUAUCACGCUAUUAUAAGGUUUUCGUUAAGACUUUUUGCUCUUAACUCUCAAUUGGAAUACCUUGAACAUUCUUGUCUUUCCUUCGCUGUAAUCUGUUUAAAUUCUCCACUCUAAGGCACUUCAUUAGUACCAACUGGCAACAACAAUCUCUUAAUCACGCAUGAGCAUCUAAAAAUGUUUAUGUUUCAGCUUCCUUAAGAGUGCUUUGGUAGCAUCAUCAUCAUUCCUCAUUUCAAACAGCAGGCACAGACAUGCUAACAGCUUGCAGAGACUUUCUUGCACUGUGUGCACAAUACGAUCUGGUGGGUUAGAAAAGAAAAAAUAAAUGUUAAGGUAUUCCUGUCACACAACUCUUUUUUUUCUUUCUUCGUAGUGUCACUGAGUCCGUUGAAAUAAAUCAAGUGUAGAAGAAUUGGAGGGAGGGAACAGGAGAUCUGUAGCUGUAGCUCAGGAAAGCCAAUGGAACCUACAGAAAUAUAUCCAGGGACAAAGUGCAAUGCUGUUCCUUUCAUUGAUUUAUUUGUUGUCGUUUUUUUUUUUUUGUCGUUUUUCUUUAUUUGAAUGUGUUUGUGCGCCAGUGUGCUGUUUUAUAUGCCGGUUUUUAUGCUUGUGUACAUGCAACAUGCGACUAUGCUGGUGUUUGAAUAUUCAAAUGUGUCCAAAUUGUGUGUGCGCGCAUGGCUGCAUGUGUGCCUUUUUUUUUUUUUUUUUUUUUUUUUUUUAAACCUCUCAAGCUUUUGUGUACUUUAUGUACAUGCUUCAGCUGUAGGACUUUUACCAGAUUGACCAUGAAGUUCCAUAGGGGUACCCCAGGGGGCUGAACAGAAUUUGCAUUUAAACCAGAGUCUGGCAGCCACAUGAAUAAAAACACACACACCUGCAGCCCCGUACCUCUCAGCCAUACACAAUAAUGCUUCUGUCUCUCUCACAGCUGUUUAGUGUAUUGUACAAACACCAGGAUGGAGGGUAUAGAGAAGGUAACUAGUUUGAUAAAACAACACUAAAGUUUUCCGUUGUCUUUAUUUGAUCUGAUCGCAGAAGCUGUCACAAAACCCCCCUCCUAAUCAGAAACAGGCUUUUAUGGGUCAUGAAUGGUUAUAAGGCCGAUCCCCUUCCCGUACACCCUGAGGCUAUGUUGAAAUGGCCUACUAUGUGAAUAGAGAUGAAAGUUUCCAGGAUUGAGGUCAUGGAGUCCUUAAAAGCCUCCCUGUUGCUCCAGUGGGUGCUCUCUGUUUGAUGUACCUCUACUUUUAUUUCAUCCAAACUGAUUUCUCCGUGACGUGGGAUCAAUGUGUAAACGUACAGACGGCAAACCUGCAGAUUACAUCUGGAUUCUCCUUGAUAUUGAAACUUAGUAACCUUUUAAACUCCAAAAAGUUCAGUAAGGUUGAAUUUUAGGUUUCCUUUUUUUCCCUGACAAGCCAGGUUGAUUAUUUCAAGAUAAAUUCAUCUGAAUGUUUUCAUGCAUCUUAAACAAUGUGAAAAUGAGCUGCUUGCUGCUGAAUAGGUGAGUUGUUGUUUUUUUCUGUUUUCUGGUACAGAAGUAAAAAAACAACCUAUGCAAAACACUCGCAUGGGAUUUCCUGAUUAAUUCUUCAUAAUUCUCCGAGGCAUGUUAAUACGCUUCCGAUUUGGUUCACCUGUAAGAAUCAUGCUGAUCUGGGAUUUAACACGUUUCCACAGCCUUGAAACGAAGCCAUGUUGCAGCAUUGUGUGGAUAAAUGAAUAGAACCUCAUGUUUCACUAUAUGGGUAUGAAAAAAUGAUGUUCAGUAUGUGUGAGUGUCAAAAUGAGAAGUUUGUCCCUUUUUUUUUUUUUUUUUUUUGGGGUUUUCUUCCUGCUGUGCAAUGAUUCCCCCCUGCUCUGUUUAGUAGAAAUAUUCAAACUGUGAUUAUAAUAUACAUUUGUAAAUAUGUCAGUCUGUAAAAUUAUGAUGAGAUGUUUUUAAAAAUAGUGAUUCUGAAUGAUGUUUGUAUAUAUGGUGUUAACAGGGAAUAAAUGGAGAUGAGUCUUAA